AUGUCCUCCCUCCCCCAUGUCCUCUCCCCCCCAUAUCCUCCCUCCCCCAUGUCCUCUCUCCCCCAUGUCCUCGCUCCCCCAUCUCCUCUCUCCCCCAUGUCCUCUCUCCCCCAUGUCCUCCCUCCCCCAUAUCCUCCCUCCCCCAUGUCCUCUCUCCCCCAUAUCCUCCCCCCCCCAUGUCCUCCCUCCCCCAUGUCCUCUCUCCCCCAUAUCCUCCCCUCCCCCAUGUCCUCUCCCCCCCAUAUCCUCCCUCCCCCAAUCCUCCCUCCCCCAUGUCCUCCCUCCCCCAUGAUCAAAGUCCUGAGAUUUGAUCUGAAACAAAAAGAGGCAGAACUGAAGCAGAGCAGAGAGAGGCGUGCGUCAUCCGUCUGCCGGCGCUGUGAGGACCAGGCCCAGGAGCACAAGCAGACAGUACAAGAGAUGGAGACUUUCUACAGAAGCAAACUGAGUGAGGCCAGAUCUGCUCUGGAGCAGAAGGAGGAGCAGUUCAGGUCCUUCAAAGACCGAGUGGCAGAGAAUGUUCUUCUCUCGUCAACAACAGAAAACACUGAGAACAUGAACAGUCCAGUGAACCGGAGCCGCCUCACAGAGAUGUACCAGCAGCUGAGAGUGUGUGUGUGGCCUCACAUCAACUGGACACAGCCCGAGCACCGGGCCAGGGACCUGGUCCAGGAGGUGUUCUCUAGAGCCCAUGAGAACAUGACCAAAGCCUUGAGCACAGUGUGUGCAGGAAGCACCUCCUCACCACAGGUGGACACAUUCAGGCGCAGGGCUCUGGAGAACCUGCAGAUGGUGCUGCUGCACAGCAGUAAACAGCAGGUGUGUGUGAAGGCCUUCCCCUCUCUCUCUGGACCAGAACUGGACUUGGCCUCAGAGUGUUACUGGUUGGGUUGUCUGAUGGCUCUGCACUCUCCUCCUCUGCAUCCAGACUGGGACAGAGGGCCUGGACUGGUCUUCCCACGGGACAUCAGGGAAAUCAGGACUAAACGACGACGUGCUGCUCCCACAGUCACUCACCUUUGA